AUGAAACAAGUAGCUGGUAAAUUAAAAUUGGAAUUGGCACAAUUCGUAGAAUUAGAAGCUUUUGCACAAUUCUCUUCAGAUCUCAAUAAAGCCACGCCAAAUCAAUUGGCAAGAGGUCAACGAUUGCGCGAGUUGCUUAAACAAUCCCAAUCAUCUCCUCUUACUAUGGAAGAACAGAUAAUAACUAUUUAUACUGGAACAAACGAUUAUCUUGAUUCAUUAGAAAUUGAACAGGUAAGGAAAUUUCUCCUUGAGUUACGGGCUUAUUUAAAAACGAAUAAACCUAAAUUCAACAAAAUCAUAUCUUCUACCAAGGCAUUCAUUGGGGAAGCAGAAGCCAUUUUGAAGGAAGCUAUUCAGGAACAGAUGGAACUCUUUUUACUUCAAAAACAAGUAGAAAAAAUUGAUUAA